AUGCCCACUCCGACUACUAAUGGGCGCCAUAUCAAGAGUAGGACCAAGUCGCAGGAGUCUAACGAUGAUGGACUUGGGUCUGCUGGAUCUGCAUCAUUGGAAAGCUCCAAUUCCCGUUUUAGGCAUAGGAAAAUAUCUGUUAAGCAACGAUUGAGGAUUUAUAAACCUAAUGAUUUGAAAAAUUUGGAUCAGGAUGAGUUGCAACAGAGAGAUGUGGCUGAUAUUGAGACUGGUGUGGAGAAGAAUGAGGAGAAAGAAGUUCAUUUGCAUAGAAUUUUACAAAAGGGUAGUAGUCAUUUGAAUAACCAAAAGAAGGAUUAUAUUCCUACGCCUGAUGCAUCUACGAAAUGGAAAGAUUUUGAUCAAUUUUACCAGGGUGAAUUCAAUGAACCGAGCACUUAUAUCAAGUUUUCAGCAACGGUGGAAGAUUGUUGUGGGGCUCCAUAUUGUAUGGAUGAAAAGGAUGAAGAGUUUAUGCAAGAGCUAGCGAAAAGGUAUAAGGGAGAAAAUGAAAUCACCGAAGAUGAAUUUGAGAUUUUGUGCUCUGCUUUUGAAAGUGCUAUACAUGAAAGACAGCCUUUUCUGAGUACAGAUCCUCAUAGUGUACUUUCGUUUGAGGAAUUGAAACCAACUUUACUCAAAUCAGACUAUGCUCAUAUCAAUUUGAAGACAGAUCUUGCCAAGGAGAUUGGGCUUGAAUCAGAGAGAGAGUUUCUCACCCAAUUUGAUGCAGAGUCUCAAAUUAAAACGAGACCUUUAGCGGUUUUACUUGAAGAGUUUGGUCCGGACGUUUAUGGUCAUUGGAAAGAAAGAAAGAUAGAAUCCCCUUCUACAGAGAUUUUCCCUCAAUUAAAAUUUGAAAGACCGGAUGAGAAAGAAGAAGUUGAUCCAUACGUUUGUUUCCGUAGACGUGAUGUUAGACAACCUAGAAAGACUAGACGCGUUGAUAUCUUGAAUAGUCAAAAAUUGAGACUGCUGCAUCAAGAGUUACAACAUGCAAAGGAGUUGGCUCUCCUCGUUGCUAAGCGUGAAAAAGUUUCCAUGGAUCUUUUGGAGAAAGGUCUGAACGUAUUCGAUCAAAGGUGUGAAGUCAAAAAAUUGAAACGUAGUUUGAACGUCAAAGGUGAAGAUGAAGAUCUCGUGAACCACAAGAGGAAACGUCUGAACAUCUUUGCUAAUCAACGCAAACUGCGGGAACAGGCAGCUGCAGAAGCUGCUCUAGCAACGACUUCGGACUCAUCUGUUAGAAGAGGUUACAAGAACAAGUUGAGCAGAAAAGAGCUGGAAUCCAGAUCGGGUCAUAAGCUCAGCAAGCAACAAAUUCUACAGCUGCAAAGUCAAUCAAUUGCGGCCGCUAAUAAACAGAAAAAUAGUCUCAAAGUUCCAUUGGCACCAGACGAGCAACAACAACAAUUACAGCAACAACAGCAAACGGUCGCUUCUCAUGUCUAUGUCAGACUACCCUCUUCUAAAGUGCCUGAUCUAACGCUCGAAGAAGUCGACAAUUUGUUGGCUAAAAAAGAGAAAAAUGCAAGGAAAUUUGUGCAGGAUAGAAUGGAAAAGAGGAAAGCUGGAGAUGGUAACGUUUUCUUUAACCUCACCGAUGACCCAUAUAACCCUGUGUUUGAUAUUACACUGCCCAAAGGCGUCUCUCCUUCAAACGCGCCAUUUUCUUCCAUCGCAUCUUCCAAGUUUGAAAUAAGCAGGUCUUAUUACUCAAAACAUCUAUCGGAGUAUCUAAAGGGCUCUUCAAAGGAUGUCAAGUCAUUUAGCAAGGAAGGUGAAAGGCUUCCUCAAAACAAUUUUAAGGUCAAAAAAGUGGAAGUCUACGACCCUUUCCAAAGUAAUAACGAGGUCCAUUCUAGAGAGUAUCCUGUAAAGUUCAGAAGACGUACUGGACGGCAUGGUAUACAAUACAUGGAUCGUAAACCCAAUACACUCAAUCAUAACGUGGAGUUUGUUUUGUCCAAGUUUUUGGAUUUCGAUGCAAUCGAGCAGCAGGAGAAAAAUGCUGACGAAACAAUCAAUGUUUAUGACUCGAAAUGGGAUGAGCUCUCGAGAUUUUAUGAUAAGUGGAAAUACGAUUCUCCACGUAACGAGUACGGCUUAAAAAUUUCAGAUGAGCCCUCUAGACUCAAUCAAAUAUCAAACAGUACUCAAGUGAUUAGAUUUGGUACCAUGUUAGGCAGCAAAUCAUACGAGCAAUUGCGUGAAGUCACGAUCAAGUAUCGUCAAGAAUAUAUUACAAGAAUGAAACAGCAGAAGCUUAAUGACCAGAAGCAACUACAAUUGCAACAUCAACAAGAGCAACAGCUGCAAAGAGAACAAGAAGAGGAACAGGAGCAGGAACGUCAAGAUGACCAAACCUUUGUUAACGGCUCUUCUAUCACUCACUCUUCUACGCCAGUGGCCUCGCCCGCUCUGAAAUCAAGAAUAAGCGCAGGAUCUAAUGAUAGCAAAUCUUAG